CCUUCAGGUUUUAUCCUAAAUCUUCACAGGUGCUUAAAACCAGGUGGCAAGAAUAUCAGACUGAGUGAAGAGGACCUAUGUGGAAACAAGAAGAUCAUUCAAGAAGAACAAUGUCAUGGUUUAAAAGAGACUGAAUACAUUGUUAAAAUAAACGAAUGCACAAAACGUGUAACUUGUAAGGUACCAGGGAAGAAGGCAGAGAAAACUUUAACCUUUAAUGCUUCAGAAACACCUGUAAACAUAGCGGAAGCAGCGAACAUCAUGAAUGAUCUUGCUUCCAAACUAAAUCUGAUGGGCAAUGCAAGCACAGCAGAGAUCAAGAUGGGAAAUGUCACUGGGGUGAUUGCUAAGCUGCCAAAACAGAAUCAAACAAGCAUGAACUUUGGUUUCAUGUCAGGUGGGAAUGUAAAUAUUCUCGAGGAAAAUGAUGUGGUGAUGGACUUCUCUGAAAGUGUUUACCUUUCUGAAGAAGCCAGUAAAAUGGCAGUUGAAAACAACGGCUCAUUUGCUGGAGUUUUGCUUUUUCCAGAUAUCCCUCAGAUUGACCAGAGUCGUUCCCUUUUCAAUAACGAAAUGGUGGGGGUUGAAAUGGGAGCAAACAUAUUUAAUCUCUCACAAACCAUCAACAUUCAGUUCGCUAAUGUGAACACGACUGGAUUUAAUGCCACUUGUGUCUCAUGGGAUGGAAAAAAUGAUAAUGGCACUGAAGCAAACUGGACCACAGAGGGCUGUCUGACAAUAGAGGUCAAUGGCAGAAUUUCAUGCAAUUGCUCUCAUCUUACAUUUUUUGCUAUUCUUAUGUCACCGACGGCUGUUGGCAAAGAUGGUGGUAGUAAUUCUACUGGAAUUAUAAGUUCCUCUGACUUGAAAACCCUGACCCAAAUCACAAAGGCUGGCUGUGGCAUGUCCAUGUUCUUCCUGGGUGUGGCUCUCUUCAUGCAUUUUCUGAUCAGGAAAAAUAAAGCCAGUGAGGCUGUAAAGAUCCUCAUGAAUCUCUUUGUCGCCUUGUUCUUCCUGAACCUUUGCUUUUUGGUAAAUGAGUCAAUCGCUAAACUGAAGGUCUCAGCAGCAUGUGUGGCGAUGGCAGCGGCUCUGCACUACAGCAUGCUGGCCACAUUCACAUGGUUCUUCAUGCAGGCCUUGCACCUGUACUUCAAUCUACAUCAGAUCUCCACAGAUAUUAAAUAUUACAUGUGCAAGGUUUGCAGCACAGGAUGGGUUGUUCCAGCUGUGGUGGUUGUUGGACUUCUCGCUUCAAGCAAAUAUGAUUUAAUCAAAGUUUCGGAUAACAAUGGAACCUCAGUAUCUAUGUGCUGGAUCCCUGAUUCUACAGUCCACACAGGAGUGAACAUUGGUUACUAUAGCAUUGUGUUCAUCUUCACCUUAACAGUUUUUAUAGUAACUGUUGUGCAGAUCAAACACUUUUCGUCCAAAAAAGCAAAAACCCGGGAUAACAUCUCUACCAAGAAAAGAGUUUUCUCUCUUCUGGGUCUUUUCUGCCUCUUGGGCAUCACCUGGGGAUUCGCUUUUUUUAGCUACGGCCCUCUGCUCCUUCCCUCCUACUACGUCUUCACCAUCCUCAACUCCUUUCAAGGAUUUUUCCUGUUUGUCUACUACUACUUUUCAAGCAGGGUGAUUCUAGACAACACUAAAGAAUCUAAAAGCAGCAGUAGGCCCACCGAAAAUGUGUACACGUCAUCUGCCCAUGGAUAAGUUACUCAGUCCCACAUUCUUGGUUUCUCACACUAAUAUUGACUUAUUGUAUAUAGGAAACUGAGCUUGUUUAAUCAAAUGGGGCUUUAAAUGACAGUUCUAGAAAUAAAACUUCAAAACAUUUUCUGCUGGACUUUGGGCGUUGAGUUUGGUUACACUUUUCAAAUGGCCAGACUGAAAAUCUUUGGGUUGAUCUGAAAAGAUCUGUGAGCAAAGAUUCUCUCAAAAUCUGACACAUUUAGGGGAUUUUGGCAAAGAAGAGUGAACAGAUAUUUCCAGGUCAAGAUGUCCCAAUAAAUUUUCACCUUAAAGACCCAGCAUUUUUCUUUGUAAAUAAUGUUAUGUGUUCUUUCAAGUGAGUUGUAAAACAUUUUGUUUAUAUGGAACCUCUGAAGACACUAAAAAAGAAACAUUAAGCAUGUCUAAUAUUUGUUUAAGUCAACAAGAGUAGUUUGGGAGAGUUUUGGGUAACACUUUAUUUGAAGGGGUUUGAAUAAGACUGUCAUGACACUUUCAUAAACAUGACAUA